AGAAACACGAAUGUGUCUCUGGUCAGAUGUAUCAGGCCCAGCGUGGCGUCCGGCUGUCCAACCUCAGUCCAGGAAACUACUCGGUCAGAGUAAGAGCCACGUCACUGGCUGGCAACGGCUCCUGGACGCACUCUAUGGAUUUCUACGUGGCUGAACGAUAUGAAAACGUCCUCUACGCUAUGAUCUUUGUUCCUCUCUCCAUCAUCUUCCUCAUCUGCCUUUUAGUCACAAUGCUGGUGGUCUUGAGCAGGAAAAGGAACAGUGACCGGCUUGGAAAUGGAGUCCUCUACGCCUCAGUCAAUCCAGAGUACUUCAGUGCCGCAGAAAUGUAUGUACCAGACGAGUGGGAGGUGGCACGGGAGAAGAUCUCCCUGAGUCGUGAGCUGGGCCAGGGGUCCUUUGGCAUGGUGUAUGAGGGCUUGGCAAAGGGCGUGGUCAAAGAUGAACCGGAGACCCGCGUUGCCAUUAAGACGGUCAACGAGUCUGCCAGCAUGAGGGAGAGAAUAGAGUUUCUGAAUGAAGCCUCUGUCAUGAAGGAGUUCAACUGUCACCAUGUGGUCCGUCUCCUGGGAGUGGUUUCGCAGGGCCAGCCCACCCUGGUCAUCAUGGAGCUGAUGACGCGAGGAGACCUGAAGAGUUACUUGCGCUCCCUCCGACCUAAAGAGCAACAGUGGUCAAGCCUGUCUCUCCCCCCUCUGAAGAAGAUGCUUCAGAUGGCCGGGCAGAUCGCCGACGGCAUGGCUUACCUCAACGCCAACAAGUUUGUCCACAGAGAUCUGGCGGCCAGGAACUGCAUGGUGGCCGAGGACUUCACUGUUAAGAUAGGAGAUUUCGGCAUGACCAGAGACAUCUAUGAGACGGACUACUACCGCAAAGGUGGUAAGGGUUUGCUCCCUGUCCGCUGGAUGUCACCCGAGUCUCUGAAGGACGGAGUCUUCACCACCACCUCAGAUGUCUGGUCAUUCGGGGUUGUAUUGUGGGAGAUUGCCACACUGGCAGAACAGCCCUACCAAGGUCUGUCCAAUGAGCAGGUGCUCCGUUUCGUCAUGGAGGGAGGGCUGCUGGAGAAGCCACAGAACUGUCCUGACAUGCUGUUCGAGCUGAUGCGAAUGUGUUGGCAGUACAAUCCUAAGAUGCGUCCAGCCUUUGUGGAGAUCAUCAGCAGCAUCAAAGAUGAGCUGGACCCGUCUUUUAGAGAGAGUAGUUUCUUCUACAGCGCCGAUAACAAGCCGGCCGAAGCUCCGCAGCUCCAUCUGGACAAGGUGGACAACAUGGAUGAUGUUCCUCUAGACCCCCCUUCUUCCACACAGACACAGCAAACCCCAGUCCCACAGCAGACCCCGACCUCCACGAGCUCAGAGGCUCCGCCCGCCCCCUCGCUAGCCCCAAGCUCCCCCUCUUCUCCCUGUAUGUCUACCGCUGCCAUGGACAAGCAGCCCACCGGGCAGCAGGCAGCCAAUGGGCUGUCUGGGACAGCCCUUGCAGCAGGGCCAGGGCUCGGGACAGGCUCAGGCGUCGCAGUACGGCCGUCUCUGGACGAACUCCCGCCGUACGCGCACAUGAAUGGAGGACGCAAAAACGAACGUGCCAUGCCUCUCCCGCAGUCCUCUGCCUGCUGAUUGGACAGACACCCACCGGACUGCAAACCCUGCCGCCUGCUGCUCUGCAGAACCUGAUGUCUGUGGGUGGCAUCGCUCUCUGUCUCUCUCUAUUUUCUUUUUUUUAAAUCACAUACAGCAAAACCAUGUCCGCCAGCUGGGUGUGGCUGCUCAGAGACUCACAGGAAGGUGGAGUAAACUGUCACUAGGUCCAUGUUCUGCUGUACCGCCACACACCUUUUUCAUAUUAUUCUAGUUUUGCUUUCUACCAGCUGGCUGUCAGACGUGACACUGCCCUUGCUGCUGAGUGGGAAGACCAAAAAAAAACUGUUAAAGGUAAAAAUCAUUCGGGGGAGUUCUCGCUCUCUCUCUUUAUGGCUGAAGAUUAUUUUAUAAAUUGUUGUUUGUUACUUUUUUGUAUGUAUUUCCAAACGGGAAGACAAAAUGUGUAGGCCUUUAUAAAUGACCGCCGUUGUGGUCGCUUUUGGGCGGGCAUUAUGGUGAAACUGUUAAGCAUAUCUAAUGAAAAAGCACUUAAAAGAGGUCAGGGUCUCCGUCGGUCUUUCAGUAGAGUUGUUGCUCAGCAGGCUGGGUGUCAUUGUAAUGCCAGGUCAACAGCCAAUCCGCUGAAACAAACACACCAGAGGGAGAAAGGUCAAAUCUUCGUUGCCAAAAUUGUACACUUCAGUCUUGCCCUGUAAUUCUCCAACACGUGGAAUUGGAAAUGGGAGCAAAAAAAGCACUUUGGUCUGCUACGACGCCAUUCAAAAUCUGUGAUCAAAGGGAUGUUACCGUCCCUAUACACUGCUCCUCUAUUGUGGUUGGAAAUCUGCAGAUACUGCACUCUUAUCGAAUUGAAAUUGUGGACCUUGGUUCAGUUUAUGAGUUUAUCUGAAAUUGAGCCACACCCUCUCACAAAGUGCUGUUCCGUUACGGUUUAAACGCCAAAUCCAGUCAAUAAAUAAGCAAAAAAAAAAAAAAA